GUCGGAACAGAGGCGGCUCUACACGAAGCAGCAGCAGAAAUAGGGCUAGGGAGACAGCUUCAAGUCUGAUUCAGUGGAAAGUUAGCAGUAAUGAUCUGAUGAACAUUUUUUGAAUAAAUCUGUAACUUGAGCAAAUUGGGCCAGUACAAUGGAUACACAAUCAUCUAAUGUAUCAAAUCCACAUCCUCUGGAGACUGCUGUUGUGGAAACCUCCAAUGUAAACUCUGCACCAGCACAUGAUGGACCUUCUAAGCUAUCCACAUGGGCUAAAAGUUUAAAAAUUCCACAGCCAUUUACAGGAUCCCAAGAGGAAGAUAAUUCAGGAAAUGUGGUAAAAUCAUCCUUUGCUCGUUUUACUAGUGGGUUUGGAUUGCGUUCAUCUCCAAAGUCACCAACAGAUGAUAAUUCUGAAGGAACUUCAACGAAUCCACAACCUGGAUUUAUUGGAACAUUUACGAAAGGAAUAGUUGACUCUUCCAAGAAUGCAGUUAAGGCUGUAUCUGUCAAGGCUAGACACGUUGUNAUGGGCUAAAAGUUUAAAAAUUCCACAGCCAUUUACAGGAUCCCAAGAGGAAGAUAAUUCAGGAAAUGUGGUAAAAUCAUCCUUUGCUCGUUUUACUAGUGGGUUUGGAUUGCGUUCAUCUCCAAAGUCACCAACAGAUGAUAAUUCUGAAGGAACUUCAACGAAUCCACAACCUGGAUUUAUUGGAACAUUUACGAAAGGAAUAGUUGACUCUUCCAAGAAUGCAGUUAAGGCUGUAUCUGUCAAGGCUAGACACGUUGUGUCUCAGAACAAACGAAGAUACCAGGAAGGAGGGUUUGAUUUAGAUUUGACGUACAUUACUGAGAAUAUAAUUGCCAUGGGCUUCCCUGCUGGUGAUAUGAGUUCCGGAUUUUUUGGGUAUGUUGAGGGAUUCUAUCGUAAUCAUAUGGAAGAAGUGAUCAAGUUCUUUGAGACUCAUCAUAAGGACAAAUACAAAGUAUAUAAUCUUUGUUCUGAGAGAUUGUAUGAUGUCUCAUUAUUUGAGGGAAAGGUUGCUAGUUUCCCAUUUGACGACCACAACUGUCCACCUAUUCAACUCAUAAUGUUGUUUUGUCAAAGUGCGUAUUCAUGGUUGAAAGAAGAUAUUGAAAAUGUUGUGGUAGUUCACUGCAAGGCAGGAAUGGCAAGGACUGGAUUGAUGAUCUCAAGUCUUCUUCUGUAUCUGAAGUUCUUUCCAACAGCUGAGGAGUGUAUUAACUCUUAUAACCAGAAAAGAUGCAUUGAUGGAAAAGGCCUUGUUCUUCCCAGUCAGAUUAGGUAUGUCAAGUAUUUUGAACGUAUCUUAAUGUACUUCAAUGGAGAGAACCAGCCUGCACGCAGGUGCAUGCUUAGGGGAUUUCGACUCCAUAGAUGCCCCUUUUGGAUAAGGCCCUCGAUUACAGUCUCUGAUCAUAAUGGUGUGCUUUUUUCAUCAAAGAAACACCCAAGAACUAAGGAUAUGCUGCCUGAAGACUAUUGGUUUAGUGCACCAAAGAAAGGGGUAGUGGUUUUUGCCCUACCUGGGGAGCCUGGCCUUACAGAGUUAUCUGGGGAUUUCAAAGUCCAUUUUAAUGAUCGGCAGGGAGACUUUUACUGCUGGUUAAACACAACAAUGAUUGAGAACAGGAAAAUCCUCAACACUAGCGAUCUUGAUGGUUUUGACAAGAGAAAACUAGCAUCACCUGGUUUCCAAGUGGAAGUUGUGCUAGCGGAUUAUGACACGGUUUUCCCAACUCGUUCUCAACCAGAAGCUGAUGUUAGUAGUAAAUCAUCUGAUACUUCAAGUGUCAAUCCUUCCACUGGGCCGACCACUCCUAAUGAGACAAACUCAAACAAACAAUCAGUUGGAAGCAAUGAGAAGGAUGACGUGUUCUCUGAUAAUGAAGCUGAGGAAACUGGAAAGUCGAAAGACAGACAAGUCACCGUUGCUCCUGAAAACUCUUCUGGGAAUAAUAGCGGUAAUAAUAAUAAUAAUAAUAAUAAUAAUAGUGGUACCGGUACACCUCAAAUCUCCACUUCAAUGCAUAAGGUGGAACAAGUUUCACUGGGAGAUUCGGGGCUCAAACAUAAUGACCAGAAGAAGGAUGGUGUAGCUCCGGCCCCUGAAGCUUCUAAUGCAGGAGUCAGUGAUUUCAAGAUCAUGGCUGCGGAUGCUUCUGUGUUUACAUUUGGAGAUGAAGAGGAUUACGAAACUGAGUAGGGGCUUUCAAAAUUUCCAGCUUGUACAAAAUUUGUACAUUAUAUUACCGUUUGAAUCCAUGCUAUCCAGCUUGAUAUCUCUCUAUAUUCUUUAAAGUUAGAAAAAAGGAAAGAAUAUAUAUGAAAUUGUGCUAAUAGUUUUACUCGGUCUUCACUUGUGAAAUUUGGAGAUUUGUUCUUGUUAGAGAUGUUCAGUGUGGAACAUUU